GUAUAACUCAAUAUGUCAGUACACGUUGACCUUCGAUCCUGCAAAAUCGUGUCAAAUUUCAUUUAUGCUGUAAACUUGCUGCCUGGCCACUGUCCUCGAGGCUUUAAUGGACCAGAAUUCGGCACUAUCCCCUCCAGGAGGUAGCGUAGAACGUUCUUCUUGACCAACAAGAUGUCUUCUCGACCAUACUUUGAGACUGUCAAAUCAUUUGCAGAUGUUCCAAUCACCGUUGAUGGUGUGGAAACCUUGCUUUUUCUGGAAGCCUCUGAAGGGCUGGUUCAAUUGUUCGAUUUACUUGGUUCAGGUGUAUUCGGCUUUGUUCAGAAUGAUAUAAAGGGCAAUAUAGGGGGUGUACGAACUCGCUACCAGGCCGAUUCUUUUGGUUGCUCCACGCUCGAGAAUCUCGUUAGAAGCGAAGUAUCAUUAGAUGGUGACCGACAUGGGACCGGUUGUUUGAUACGCCUGACCCGUGGUUUGACAUUCCUAUGUAGAGCUCUUCAACACAUGCAGAAUGACCCUUCGGUGGAGUUACACGUGUGCUUCAAGCGUUCAUACGAUGAAGUCUUGAGGCAGCAUCAUACGUUUUUCGUACGGUCACUCGCCGCCGUUGCUGUUCGGGCCGCACCGUAUCGCCGUGACUUCUAUAGUCGUAUAUCCCAAGGUGCGCCUAUGGAAAGGUUAGAUGCGGAGCUAGCGAAGUGGCUUUGCGGACUUGAUGUAAUCGUGAAGCGUCUGAAGGGAUUUAUCGAGGGAGAAGGAUACGGAAGGGUAUGAUGUGGUGAUAAUUCUAUGGAGAAUCUUACGAAGAAUAAACAUGCCGCACUAGCAGUGGGAGGACCAAGAUUCAAUUAAGAAGGUUAGGACGCCGCUUGGUCACAUGUGCCCCUAAGAGCGAAUCUAAGCGCCUGUUGUGGGGUACUCGCGAAGUAUAUUGACGAAAGAGUCCGCGGAAACGAGGUUU